AGAAGCAGAAUUAAUUUUAAAAAAGCUCUGGAUUUUUCGAACUCAAUUCACAAAAUGACAUCGGUCGGUCCGGAUGAACCUCAGCGCGAUGGGGAUUCAUCAAAAUUGAAGAGUGAGAGGGAAGAUGGGAGUUCAGAAGUGGACGAGAAUAAAACGCGGUUUCUGAAAGUUCUGGAUCCGGAUGACCCGGUCAUGAGUAGAUUUCAAGAGGCUUUGAAAAAUCAUCUUCUACGAGUUGGAGAGAGAUUGACUACGGAGAUUGCUGAACUCCAAGCGGCUAACAAAGAGGCAUCAAGAAAGCGUGAGGAAAAAGGAAUGGAGAUGUAUGAAGCCCAGCGUGAGAUAUCUCGUCAACAGACCUCAAUCGAAAAAUACACGGCAUCCAUAGAUGACCUGAAGAACUCCCGAGAAGAGAAGCAGCACCGUCUCAAGGAGAAAAAGGAGCUGCGUAACAAAAUCCGUCUCGAGGUGGACGAGGAACGCCGUAGGGUCGAGGAAUUAUCGAGGGAAAUGGAAAGUACAUCCUCCCAAUGCAAACGAUUCGAGCAAUUCGAGGAGGAAGUGUCGCACCACUUGACCAUCGCGAAGAGAAUGUCCGAGAAGGAUGCUAGUGUCCAAAGAGAGUUGAUUCGGCAGAAGCAGCAGGAGGAUUAUCUUCUCCUGAAGUUGAGCGAGGAGGUUUGGAAAUUGGAGCGGGAGAUUGAGGAUCUGCGUAAACAGAGAGAGGUCAAGAGUCAGGACAAGGUGGUGAUUGAACAGACCAUUUCCGAUGCUGACGCUGAUCUUGGGGCCCUGCAGAGGGAGAGGAAAGGACUUCUAACGUCUUGGAAUCACGUUGUAGGAAAUAUUUUACAGAGGGAUAAGAUUACUGAGGAAUUAGGGGGAGAAAGGAGUAAAAUACGAGAGUCUUUCAAGACCCUUCAAGUUCGAAUUGAAAACACCAAAAGAGCUACGACAAAGGAGAUGGAGACAAACGAGAAAUUAACAGGUUUGCAGGCUAGAUUGGAGGAGGACAUCAGAUGCAAUCAGUCAGCUAUGGGAAUGGAAAAGGAUAAGGUCGACGUUUUGGAAUACAAAACACUUGAUGUUGCGAAAAUGCUCGAGAAAACGGAGGGCGAUUACGAAGCAACUUCUUGCGAAUUUGAAGGACUCAAAAAUGAAGAAAGGAUUCUGGAUAAGAAGCUGGAGAACCUAGGGAACGAGAAGACCACGGUUGAAGAGGAACUGAUAACAAAACUGAGCGAUAAAGUUACACAUGAUAAGACAGCCAUGCAUCUCAACAAAAUCGUACGAGAGGUGAAGGAAACGGUCAAUGAAUUCGAGCUGACAAUGCUACAAACUGAGAAUCAUUAUGGGAGAAAUUUAUUGGAGUUGGAGAAAAUGAAGAAUCUUGUGGCAAACGAGAAGGAGGAUUUGGAAGAGCUAAGUAAGGGAAAUAUCCUCAAAGAGAAGGAGUUGAAUAAAUUGAAAGUGGAGAUAGAGAGGACUGGAUUGAGCAUCGAGAAGAAACAGAAAAAAGUAGCGGAUUCGAAUAGAGAUAUUGCAGAGAUAAACAGAUUAGGUGGAGCCCUAGAUAUGACCACCCAAGACCUAAAAAUCACUUCCCUAGAGAAAAAAAUCGAGGACCUAGACUUGAAAAAUCAAGAAGCCCAGAAAUACUGGUUGCGUCAAGAAGGAAACAUGGUGAAUCUCAGUCAAGAACGAAACACGCAACUUCAAGAGCUCAACCGAUUGAGCCGGCAAAUAACGAUAAUGGAGCAGAAGAAUCUAAAGCUGGAGUACGCACUGGAAAAGGAAAAAAAGACCGAGGAGAAAAUCGAUAGGCGCAUGAAAGAGCUUCGCCAGAGACUUCUGAGAACAAACACCCUCUUAGCAGAGAGAAAAGAAUUGCGCAACAGUCUCCUCGAUAAAAAUUUCAUCACUCAGGAUGAAUACGUGAAAACCCUCAAAGCGGCUGAAAUUGAAUUAGUCAGGCUCCAAAAUGAAAUAAAAGAAUUGAAGGAGGAGAAGGUGACGCUAGAGGAGACACUCUGUGCAGCUCAUCGCGAGUAUUUUUCAUGGGAAAAGAAAAUGAAAUUGGCCGCGGAGACGUCGAAAAUUGUCAAAGAGGAACGAAGUUCUGGGGGGGAUAUUGGAAUUAUGAAGAGUGAGAUCCAUAAAAUGGAGAUGAGACUGUUGCAUCUUAGAAAGGCGCAGGAAAAAAUGAUCAGGGACAUGGAGUACUGCAUUGCCAGAAGAGAAGUCAUUAUCGAUGGGGCUUUGGCGAGAGAGAAAAAAAAUCCGAAGGGAAUUCACAACAAGAGAGUGAUUAUGCAGAAGAGGUUGGAUGAUCGAAGAAUGAAGAUUAAACAAGUGAUGAAAGACACCAAAACUUUGGAGAACUCUAUUGAUGAUCUAAAAACAGCACGAGCAAAGCUUCAAGCAGAAAUUGAUGAGAAUCGAACGCUUCUCAAAUCUUAUCAGGACACAAGUCCUGACAUUGAUCGUCAGAUCUCCGAAGGGGAGUUAUUAAAACAUCAUAAACUCGAAUGCUUAGUUAGGAAGCAACGAAAAGUUCGAAUGCUUCAAAAAGUUCGAGAUGGACAGUAUAAAAUGCUCUUCAAAUCCGAAACGACACUGAACGAUGAACUUGAGAAGCAGAGGAUGUUAAAUAUUCAGUUAUCAGAGAUAAUGGAGGAAACCAAUCGAGAUUUUCCCCAUUUAAAGGAGGACAUCAGGAAAAUAAUGUUAACGGUUGAAGCUUCAUAA